AUGUUUGGAUCGCUUCUGCUGGGGAUGGCGACGCUGCUGGGCGUGCUCUACGUCUUCCUGGUGUCCAACUAUGGCCACUGGCGGCGUCGCGGGGUCACGGAGCCGCGCGUCCUGCCCCUGUUCGGCUCCUUUCCCAGCAUGGUGUGGCCCCGGCAGCACUUCACCAUGGACAUGCGCGACAUCUACAUGCGCUACCGCAGUACGCACAGCUAUGUGGGCUGCUUCCUGCUGCGCGCUCCCAAGCUGCUCGUCCUGGAGCCCCGCCUGGUCUACGAGAUCUACGUGAGCGCCUUCAGCCACUUCGAGGACAACGAUGCCUCCAAGAUGAUAGACAUCGCCAAGGAUCGGCUGGUGGCCCUCAAUCCCUUUGUGCUCGAGGGUGACGAGUGGCGGCGCCAGCGGGCGGUGUUCUCCACCUUGCUGACCAACGGUCGCAUCCGCACCACCCAUGCCAUCAUGCAGCGCGUCUGUCGGGAUCUCAGCGAUUUCAUCUCCAGGAAGUCGGUCGGCGGAAUGGAGUUCGAUGCCGUUGAUCUUGGCCUGCGCUUCACCGGCGAAUCCCUCUUCGACUGUGUUCUGGGCAUCCAGGCGCGCACCUUCAGCGACAAUCCGCUGCCGGUUGUCCGGCAAAACCAGGAGAUGUCCGCCGAGAACAAGGGGUUGGCCAUUGCCGGUGCCGUCUGCGGACUCUUCCCAAAUCUUCCCCGGCGCCUGCGCCCCAAGGUUUUUCCCCGCUCCCACGAUGAAUUCUACGUGGCACUGAUUAGCGAAGCGCUGAGCCUGCGCCGUUCCAAAAACCAGGAGCGGAAUGACUUUAUCAACCACCUGCUGGAGAUGCAAAAGGACCUCGAUCUCAGCGAGGAGGAUAUGGUCUCGCAUGUCAUGACCUUCAUGUUCGACGGCCUGGACACCACUUCCAACAGCAUUGCUCACUGUCUUUUGCUGCUCGGUCGCAAUCCGAAAUGCCAGCAGCUUCUGUUCGAGGAACUCCAGAAGUCCAAUCCCGGCGGAGAUCUGCCCGAUCUGGACGCGCUCAUAGACCUGCCCUAUCUGGGUGCCUGCUUCAAUGAGAGCCUGCGCAUCUAUCCGGCCGGUGGUUGGUCGUCGAAGACCUGCACUAAGGAGUACGAGCUGCGGGGCAGUCACCAUCCGGAGCCGCUCAAGUUGCGGCCCGGCGACAACCUGAUGGUGCCCAUCUACGCCCUGCACAACGAUCCCGAAUUCCACCCGGAACCGGACACAUUCCGACCCGAAAGAUUCCUGGACGGCGGACUGAAGGACUUCAAGCAGCAGGGCACGUUCCUGGGCUUCGGCAACGGACCCCGGCAGUGCGUGGGAAUGCGCUUGGGCCUGACCAUGGCGAAGGCCGCUCUGGCGGCCAUUGUCCAGCACUUCGAGGUCCUGGUCAGUCCGCGCACCCGGAACGGCACCGAAAUAGACCCCUCCAUCUUUGUGGGCGUCCACAAGGGCGGCAUCUGGCUGCAGUUUGUCCCGCGCAAUAUCUGUUCUUGAAAACCCAUACUAAGUUAAGUUCUGGAAAUAUGAUUCCUUGGGGUGGGGUAGGUCUAAAGGUCAAGAUUAGAAUAAUAUUGGUAAGCCCAUACAAAACCGAAUCAAACAUAAUAUUAUUUUUAAAUAAUACUUUAUUAUUUUAGGUUUUGUACAAAACCGAAACAAAUAUAAUAAUAACAAAUAUAAUAAUAUAAUAAAUAAUAUUUAUAUUUAGAAAUAGAAAUCAUAAAACA